CUCUUUCGUUCAAGUCACUUAAGAGCAGGAUACAAUUGCAGCGCACUGAUUACUGUUCAUCUGGAAAAGGGGGUUGUGUAGGGAAAAUAUCAAUCUUAUUGAAAGCUAUUCACCUGCGUCAGACAGAGGGUACUGCAGCUGGACUGGGAACAGGCAGGUCACAGGGAGGCCCCAUUGGGUCUUUCAGGAUCUUGAGUCUUAACGGAGGCAGGUGGCAGCCCCUGCAGUCCAUGGGCACCCGUAGUAUGAGCAGGGCAAUGAUGAUAGCACCAGAAAUCGAAAAUCCACGCCUACAAAGAAAGUGAUAGUUCUGAGAAUGUGAGAUGCAAAAGGUUCCAUCACGACUGUGAAGAUCUGAGCUUCAAAUGGGAUCAAAUCCACAAAUCCCAAAACUUCUGAAAUCAUUUUAACUAAGGGCAGACAUCCAACUUCUCUUCAGAUCUAAGUACAGCAAAGCCAAGAGCCAAUCCAAAAAUGAGAAUCAGCUUCUGCCAAGGCUUGUUGACAGGCGCCAUAGUUCUUAACCUUCUGAUUCUUUACUACGUCUCCAGGGCGCAGCAGCAGAUGAUGGAGAAACGUCGUGAACCAGGCAAGGGGGCACCUAAGAGGGCUUCCCUACCCAUCCCUGGCAUGGGAAUUGGCAGCAGCAGCAGCAGAGGUCCAGGUAUCACAAUACUGGUACGGGAGUUUGAGGAUUUUGAAAACUACGUUGCAGAUGUGGCUCGCUCCUUCUUGAAGAUCAGGCCCGAGCUGCCUUUUGUGGUGGUAGCAGAUACGUUGCCCUACCCUCCGCUUGCCUUGCCAGAGGGGGUCCGAUUGGUGGUUCUGAAGCCCGCUCCAGAUCAGCCUCCGCAGGUUUCCCGACCGGAGCUCUACAUCCAGACGGAAUACGUACUUGUAGUCCCGGACGGAGUGGAGCUGGAUUUGGGACGGCAGCUGGACAGGCUGCUGAAGGAGUUGGAAGGAGAAGGGGGGGGGCCCGUUCGCUUAGUAGCAGCCCCCGUGUUAACGCGCUCCGCGGUCCAGUGCCUUCACUUGAGGGUCAGCCUCCGAGAGUGGACGGCUACCUACGCUCCAGCGGCCUCCGGGAGCAGUGGCAGCGUCUGCACCGCGUUACGAGGGGAUGCGGUCAUCCUAAUCCGGACGGAGGACCUCUUUAAUCUCUCGACCCCACUUUCCAAGCCUCUGAUGACCUCCAUCUUUAUUCAGACCUCCUUGAGGGGAUGGAAAGUCAAACUCCUGGAAGGGCCGGCUUUUGGCUCCAACCGGCGGCCCUUGUUCAGCUCAGCCCACAACCAGUGGAAGGUGGACAGCCGACUGAAGGAAUCGACUGCUCGGCUGUUCAGGGAAUUCGGUAUCAAGCGUGUCAUUCAAGCGGAAGGGAAAGACCAGUGGUACGGGUGCAGGAAAGAGACGGAGAGGUGUUUCGGAACAGUUCUAGAUGACACUCCGGAUUAUCUCUACCUAGAUCGCUGGACUCCUCCUUGCUGCCUUCGUGCUCUUCGAGAAACGACCAAAUACGUCAUCAAUAUCCUAGAGACCUCCGGGGUCCGGUACUGGCUGGAAGGGGGCACCCUUUUGGGAGCAGCCCGCCACCAAGACAUCAUUCCUUGGGACUACGAUGUAGAUUUGGGGAUCUAUCUGGAAGACAUUCCCAAUUGCGACUACCUGAAGAGCCUGGAUUCUGGUUCCUUAACGGACGCCAAUGGCUAUGUAUGGGAGAGAGCCGUUGAAGGGAAUUUCUACCGUGUCCAGUACAGCGAGGCCAAUCACCUUCAUGUUGACCUUUGGCCCUUCUACUCCCGCAAUGGCGUGAUGACCAAGGACAGCUGGACGGAUCACAAGCAGGAUGUGGAGUUUCCAGAGCACUUUCUGCACCCGCUCGUCCCCAUGCAGUUUGCAGGAAUCACCGCCUACGCCCCCAACAAUCACCAAAGCUUCCUGGAGCUCAAAUUCGGAGAAGGAGUCGUGGAGAACCCCCAGUACCCCAACCCAGCCAAGAAGAGACUGGAGAAAUCCAAGCUGUGAGCCUCCAAGCCCUUUGAGACCCGUUAGAACUGCAAAAAAUAUAUAUAUAAUUCAUCCCCUUUACCUGUAAAACAUACAGUACUGUGCCGGAGAUUGAGAGCAGAAUUGCACAACACACAACAUGACAGGUUACAGAGGUGUUUAGAUAAUCAAGGUUUUACUGUAGACAUGUGUCCUGGAUAGAAUGUGAACAGUGUUAGCUUGGAAAAAAAAAUUUAAAUAAGAAAAAAGGAUUUCGAUCGUCAGUGAACAACUGUUGCAAACUGAGCAACAAUUAUUUUUACUGUUUCAAUCUGUUAUUUAUUAUUAAGGCUGUAUUUUUUUCACCGUUCUCUCGAUUUCUGUGAAAUGUACCCAUUGC